AUGGCUUCAUUAGCCAUUUCCUCCACGCACUUGCGUCUGCUAACUAUGUUUGUUCUUCUUCUCGCUCCUCGCCCUGGCAGCUCCACUUGGGACUCCCAGGCAGUGCCACCCAACUCUCUUCCGGUGACCCGCACACCCCUCAAUGAUCUCCCGAGCUUAUCUGAGGCCGAGUACCACGUCGUCAUCGGCUACGGCACUCCGGCGCAGAACCUUAGCGUGGGGUUUAACACCAGAGAUUACGGACCCACAUUUCUCCAGUGCAAGCCGUGCGGCACAGCAUGCGAUGUCCCAGCCUUCGACCCGUCCCAGUCCUCCUCCAUCGCCCAAGUCUCGUGCGGGUCGCCAGAGUGCCCAUUGAAAACAUGCUCCGGGCCCAACUGCACCGCCACCACGGUGAAUGGAAACGGCGUCGUGCUACCAAGUAUGACCGUCGUGACAGACGUGAUCACGCUCCCAUGGUCGCCGCCGACCACCAUGCGCAACGUGAGGGCCAACUGCUUGUUGAUGGGCACAAGGACGUCAGACAGCUCAUCUGGCAUUCUCGAUCUCAGCCGGGACAUCCACUCGCUGGCAUCGCGAGCUCCUUUGUCUCCGGACACGGUGGCUUUCUCCUACUGCCUGCCGUCUCUAACAGAGACCCAGGGCUUCCUCUCCAUCGGCGCACCCCGUCCAGAAGGCAACAUGACAUACACCGCACUACGGAGAAACGCUGUCUUUCCCAAAUCGUAUUUGGUCAGGCUCGUUGGGCUAGGCUUAAGCAUUGAUGGGCCUGACAUUCCAAUCCCUGCCGGUGACGCGCUAAUCGCGGUGGGCACCACCUUCACUUAUAUGGUGUACGAGCCUUACGCUGCUCUCCGCAAGUAUUUCAGGUCGCAAAUGGCGCAGUAUCAGUUGGCGCCGCGGCUGGGUGUCCUCGACACGUGCUAUGAUUUUACCGGCCUGAGCGACAUCUCCGUGCCAACCAUCACACUAAGAUUUGCCGGCGAAGUGAGUCUGGAACUCGGUGUCAGGCAGAAGAUGUACUUCCAUCGCCGUGACAACAGGUCUUUGGGCUGCCUCGCGUUCGCCAAUCCGGCGUAUGAAUUCCCGCCCGGGGUCGCGGUGAUCAUCGGCACCCUGGCGCAGGAGAUGACAGAGGUGGUGUAUGACGUUCGUGCUGAGAAGGUUGGGUUUGUCUCCAACCGCUGCGACUGAUCAAAUCGUUAAGAACAUCUCAUUUUACUAUCGGCCGUGUCGAUGUAAUAAGAAGCAACACAUGCUUAACUUAUUAUUGGUGUAACCUUAUUUCUGAAAUUGCAAUUUCCAUUUCUCUUGACAUCUUCACUAUACC